AUGGACUACACACUUGUCCAGUAUAAAUCGCCUGAUCUCGAAAUCCUAGCUUUCGAUUUGGCUGUAGAACGUUUGAUUGCCAUCGGCUAUCCGGAGGGAAUUCGAAAGUUCAAAUAUGAUCCGAUAUUCCCUGUUCGAGAGAAUCAGCUAAAAUCGAUCUUAACAAUUCCCAUGCUCGAGGAGUUGAGUGCUAUGCUAGUAAAGGAAGAAAAUGUUGUUUUCAGAUCGGAAAUUGAAGAAAUCUAUCCGAAUAAGUUUCUUCAGCUAUCUGAAAUGCGUGUUUUCGUGCUGAACACCCUUUUCAAUUUGCCAGAAACACAUCUGCUAGCCUAUCUCAUUGACUUUUUUGAUAGCCAUCCCGACUAUACGCCGCUUGAAGACAAAACCGGGGUCCGAGGUGGUGAUGUGAUGAUGUCGUACAAGUCAAUAUUUCAUGAUUGUCGAAGUGCUUUUGACUGGGCUCAUCUUGAGAGCGAUAUGAAAGAGAUGAUAAUGCAAAAUAUGGAAAAGUAUGUUGUACGUGAAGAUCGUGCUCGAUUACUGCUUCAACAACUACGAGAGGCAGGACGGCAAACUUUUCUGCUUACAAACAGCGACUAUAGGUAUACAGAUAAAAUGAUGUCGUUCGUACUUGGUGACGACUGGCGAUCGUUCUUCAAUAUUACAGUCGUCGACGCUAAAAAGCCGAUGUGGUUUGCUGAAGGAACUGUUUUCCGGAAGGUCGAUACCAAAUCUGGUGCUGUCACGCUAGGAAUCCAUACAGGGCCUCUGAAGGAAGGUGUUGUUUAUUCAGGAGGUUCGAGUGAUGCAUUCCAUAAAAUAGUGAAGGCUAGAGGCAAGGAUGUGCUCUACAUCGGAGAUCAUAUCUUUGGUGAUGUUCUGAGAUCUAAAAAAUCUCGCGGUUGGAGGACAUUUUUGGUAGUACCAGAGCUGGACCAUGAGUUGACGGUAUGGACAGAUCGUCGGCCACUGUUCGAAAAGCUCACCCAACUCGACAACGCAUUGGCUGACAUUUACAAACACUUGGACGCAACUUCAAAGAGCAAACCAGAAAUUCAAGGUAGUAUCAGCCACGAAAUGGAUCAGGAAUAUGGAGUUUUGGGCUCGCUGUUUCGUGCCGGCUCACGGACCACAUUCUUCGCUUGCCAAGUUGAAAGAUACGCAGAUCUCUACGCUUCUUCAUGCUAUAAUCUUGUACACUAUCCGUCUUUCUACUUUUUCCGUGCUGCUAUGCAGUUAAUGCCACAUGAGAGUACUGUUGAUCAUGCGUCCGUACUGAACAGCUCCAAGAAAGAUCUGUUCAAACGACAACAAAGUGUCGGGCAGCAAGUACGUGGAUGGACUAAGAAGACGGCAAAUGAAAACGAAUUCUGCCAUGAAGAAGAGGAGGACGAGCAAUCAGUCAGUGACGGAGAGGUAGAACACUGGUUACCAAUUUUCUUCGACGUUUUCUAA